AUGGUGCUCUCAUGGCUCUCUUCAUGGCUCCCUGUGAGCUUCCCCAAGUUGUGGUUGUGGUCAGCUGCCCUGGUCCUGGCUCUGGGCAUUCUCCAAUUGACUCGGCUAUUGGCCAGGAGGCAGAAAUUGCUCCAAGCCCUGGACAGCUUCCCUGGGCCACCCAACCAUUGGCUCUUUGGGCAUGCUAAAGAGAUUAAAGACGAAGGGGCCCUGGAUAAGAUGAUAUCAUGGGCCAACACUUACCCCUCUGCCCAUCCUUUGUGGUUUGGGAGAUUUAUUGGUUUUCUGAACAUCUACGACCCUGACUACGCCAAGGCUGUAUACAGCCGAGGAGACCCUAAGGCCUGGGAUAUAUAUGGUUUCUUCAUACCGUGGAUUGGGAAUGGGCUGCUGGUCCUGGAGGGACCCAAGUGGUUCCAACAUAGGAAAUUGCUCACACCUGCCUUCCACAAUGAGGUCCUGAAGUCCUAUGUGAGCCUGUUUGCAGAGUCUACCCAUGAUAUGCUGGACAAAUGGAAGAAGAAGGUUCGUGUGAAUAAGUGCGUGGAGAUCUUUAAUGAUGUGGGCUUCAUGGCUCUGGACAGCCUGAUGAAGUGCAUCUUUGGGAAGACAAGCAGUGGCCAAACCCAGAGUGACACUGAUUAUUACCUGGCUAUUGCUGACCUCACCCUGCUGAUGCAAGAGCGAAUCUAUGCCUUCCAGUAUCAUAACGAUUUCCUCUACUGGCUCACACCCCAUGGACGUAACUUUCUGAGGGCCUGCAAGGUUGCCCAUGAUCACACAGACAGAGUGAUUAGGGAAAGAAAAGCUGCCCUGAAGGGAGAGAUGCUGGAGAAGACCCAGAAGAAGAGACAUUUGGAUUUCCUAGACAUUCUCCUGGGAGUCAAGGAUGAGAACAAGACCAACAUGUCGGACAUGGACCUGCGGGCCGAAGUGGAUACGUUCAUGUUUGAAGGUCAUGACACCACCACCAGCAGCAUUUCCUGGUUCCUGUACUGCAUGGCCCUCUACCCAGAGCACCAGAACCUCUGCCGAAAGGAGAUCCAGGAAAUCCUACAGGGUCGGGACACUGUCCAGUGGGAAGACCUGGGGAAAAUGACCUACCUCACUCUAUGCAUCAAAGAGAGCCUCCGCCUCUAUCCCGCUGUGCCCCAGGUAUACCGUCAACUAAGCAAGCCUGUUACCUUCGCAGAUGGGAGGUCACUACCUGAAGGAAGCCUGAUUUCUUUGCACAUUUAUGCUCUUCACAGGAAUCGCACUGUAUGGACUGACCCUGAGGUACCCAUGUCCCUGAUGUCCCUUGAUGUCCAUAUAGACCAGGGGUGGCUAUUUGCAGGGAAGAUGUUUGUCUCUGGGCAAGGCAGAGGAAGAGGGUAG